GUGUAAGAGAAAGAGAACUAUGAAGAGGAAGGGAGGGGACGGAGGGAGAAGAGCCACGGUGUUCGACAGGAAGGAUGCAGGGAGGCGGACGAGUGAGGGGGUGGAGAUGGAAGAUUUGUGCUCCAAGCUGACGUCUCUCGUUCCGCAAGAGUACCGUCUGGACACUGCUUCGCAGGGUUCGUCAGACAUGCCCACCCAACUGACGCAAGCCACAACCUACAUCAAGGAUCUACGGGAAAGAGUCGAAAAGCUGAAGCAAAGGAGAGACCAGUGCCUUUCAAAAGUUCAACGAGCGACUAGCAGCAGCCGCAGCAGCAGCAGCAGCAGCAGCAACGCCACAAACACAGUAGCAGCAACAGGAUCAUCCAGUCCUCACGACACUACAGUUCAGUUCAGCGGAGCCACACAUUUCAACUUGAAGUUUACAAUGAGCUCCAGGAAGGGUGUCCAGUUGCACAAGGUGAUCCUCACGAUCUUGCAAGACGAACGCGUCGAGGUCAUCGAAGCGAACUCGUCCUACGUCGACGAUAGCAAAAUCGUCUACAUGCUCAAGUGCAAGGCGACAAGCUCUGAGGCAGUCUUGGAUGCGUCCAUGGUGGCAACAAGUCUCAGAAUGCUUCUGGCUGAAUCAUUUGCAGAAUCUGAUCGUGUUGGUCUCUAAAUUGGUCAAGUGUUAGGCUCGAUAGGAGGAUCUGCACAAAGACGAACAUAUCAUUGU